CCACCGGGACGACCCGACACUUUCACCGCUGUCUCCGGGCUUUACUUUGGGGUACCUGAAGGCAUUGAGUCCUUUCAGCUAGUCAGACAGGAGCUGUAAGCAAAUGUCACCUGCUCGUAUGUGUUUUUAUAGCGACUAUUUUAGAGUCCUGUGAACAAGCUUACCUGUGAGCGCGGAGCAGCUGCACACUUCUUCAACAUGGCUUCUUCCGCCACAGGUGACCACGAAGACCAGACAGAUAUAAAUGCCUGUUAUCUGCGAGCAGCUCGGGCCGGGAAUUUAGAAAAAGCUUUGGACUACUUGAAGAAUGGAGUGGACAUCAAUAUCUGCAAUCAGAACGGUCUGAAUGCUCUCCAUCUGGCCUCGAAGGAGGGCCAUGUGGAGGUGGUGGCAGAGCUCAUUAAGCAGGGUGCCAAUGUGGACGCAGCUACCAAGAAAGGAAACACAGCCCUGCACAUAGCCUCCCUGGCCGGCCAGACAGACGUGGUGAAGGAGCUCGUCACUCACAGCGCCAACGUCAAUGCACAGUCACAGAAUGGCUUCACUCCGCUCUACAUGGCAGCGCAGGAGAAUCACAUGGAUGUGGUUCAGUUCUUAUUGGACAACGGCUCCAGUCAGAGCAUCGCCACUGAGGACGGUUUCACUCCUCUGGCGGUGGCGUUGCAGCAGGGCCAUGACCAAGUGGUUUCCCUCCUACUGGAAAACGACACCAAGGGGAAGGUGCGCCUCCCAGCGUUGCACAUCGCCGCUCGGAAAGAUGACACCAAGGCCGCCGCCCUCCUCCUCCAGAACGACCACAACGCCGACGUGGAGUCCAAGAUGAUGGUGAAUAGAACAACAGAGUCGGGUUUCACUCCUCUCCAUAUUGCGGCGCACUACGGCAAUAUCAACGUAGCAACGCUCCUGCUUAACAGAGGGCAGCUGUGGACUUCAAGGGCGAGGAAUGACAUCACACCGCUUCACGUAGCAUCCAAACGCGGGAACAGUAAUAUGGUGCGACUGCUGCUGGAGAGAGGGGCCAAGAUAGAUGCACGGACCAAGGAUGGUCUGACUCCUCUCCACUGUGGAGCCAGGAGCGGCCAUGAGCAGGUGGUGGAGAUGCUGCUGGAUAGAGGAGCACCGAUACUAUCAAAGACUAAGAACGGCCUGUCUCCCCUCCACAUGGCGACGCAGGGCGACCACCUGAACUGCGUCCAGCUGCUGCUGCACCACGAGGUUCCCGUUGACGACGUGACCAACGAUUACCUGACGGCGCUGCACGUGGCCGCACACUGUGGACACUACAAGGUGGCGAAGGUCAUCGUGGAUAAAAAGGCCAACCCUAACGCCAAGGCUCUGAAUGGUUUCACUCCUCUGCACAUUGCCUGCAAGAAAAACAGAGUCAAGGUGAUGGAGCUACUUCUGAAGCAUGGAGCGUCUAUACAGGCAGUCACUGAGUCCGGUCUGACUCCCAUCCACGUUGCAGCGUUUAUGGGACACGAAAACAUCGUCCACCAGCUAAUCAACCACGGAGCUUCGUCAAACACGAGCAAUGUGAGAGGGGAGACGGCGCUCCACAUGGCAGCGAGGGCAGGACAGUCUAAUGUGGUCCGAUAUCUGGUCCAGAACGGAGCACAAGUCGAUGCCAAGGCCAAGGACGAUCAGACUCCGCUGCAUAUCUCAAGCCGUCUCGGAAAGCAAGACAUCGUCCACCAGCUGAUGGCCAACGGAGCGGACCCGGACGCCACGACGAGCUCCGGAUACACACCUUUACACCUGGCGGCCAGAGAGGGACACAGAGACGUGGCCUCAGCACUGCUGGACAAAGGAGCUAGUCUGGACAUCACUACCAAGAAGGGCUUCACUCCUUUGCAUGUAGCAGCAAAGUACGGGAAGAUCGAGGUAGCUAACUUGCUGCUGCAGAAGAACGCUCCACCUGAUGCUGCUGGGAAGAGUGGACUAACUCCACUGCAUGUAGCAGCACACUAUGAUAACCAGAAGGUGGCGCUGCUCUUGCUCAACCAGGGGGCUUCACCGCACGCUGCUGCCAAGAACGGCUACACACCGCUCCACAUUGCAGCCAAGAAGAAUCAGAUGGAGAUCACCACCACGUUACUGGAGUACAGCGCCUCCACCAACACCGUCACACGCCAGGGGAUCACUCCUCUGCACCUCGCAGCGCAGGAAGGCAACGUAGACAUAGUGACGCUGCUGCUGGCUCGAGACGCUCCUGUUAACAUGGGCAAUAAGUCCGGUCUCACUCCGCUCCACCUGGCUGCUCAGGAGGAUAAAGUCAACGUCGCUGAGGUCUUAGUCAACCACGGAGCUACAAUAGACCCUGAGACCAAGUUGGGUUACACUCCUCUCCAUGUGGCCUGUCACUAUGGCAACAUAAAGAUGGUUAGCUUCCUGUUGAAAAACCAGGCGAAGGUCAACGCUAAGACCAAGAACGGUUACACACCUCUCCACCAGGCCGCUCAGCAGGGACACACACACAUCAUCAACAUGCUGUUACAUCACGGAGCAUCACCCAACGAGCUCACCUCUAAUGGGAACAGUGCUCUGUCUAUUGCCAGGAGGCUCGGCUACAUCUCUGUAGUUGACACACUCAAGGUGGUCACAGAGGAGACUCUGGUCACUAAGACUGUGACGGAGAAGCACAAGAUGAAUGUUCCCGAGACCAUGAACGAGGUGUUGGACAUGUCCGACGACGAAGGUGAUGAUGCAAUGACGGGGGACACAGACAAAUAUCUGGCCCCCCAGGACCUGCGGGAGCUGGGCGACGACUCGCUCCCUCAGGAAGGCUACAUGGGCUUCAGUGUUGGUGCUCGGUCACAGAGCCUGCGUUCCUUCAGUUCUGAUAGGUCCAACACGUUGAACCGGAGCUCGUUCACGCGCGACAGCAUGAUGAUAGAGGAGAUGCUCGCCACCAAUAAGGAGAUGCAUUUAGCGGCGGCUAAAGACUGCGACAACGACUCCCUGAGGAGAUACAGCUGGACGGCAGACGCACUGGAUAAUGUCAACCUGGUCUCCUCACCAAUACACUCCGGGUUCCUGGUCAGCUUCAUGGUCGACGCUAGGGGCGGGUCCAUGAGAGGAAGUCGUCACAAUGGCAUGCGCAUCAUCAUCCCUCCUAGAAAAUGCACCGCGCCCACCAGGAUCACCUGUCGACUGGUCAAGAGGCACAAACUGGCAUCGCCUCCCCCGAUGGUGGAAGGAGAAGGCCUGGCUAGCCGACUGGUCGAGGUCGGCCCGGCAGGAGCUCAGUUCCUCGGGCCUGUGAUAGUGGAAAUCCCCCAUUUUGGCUCGAUGCGGGGACAGGAGAGAGAGCUGAUCCUAUUGCGCAGCGAGAAUGGAGAAAGCUGGAAGGAGCAUCUGUACGAUUGUAAGACCGACGACCUCAACCAGCUCCUCAAUGGAAUGGAUGAAGAACUGGACAGUCCUGAUGAGCUGGAGAAGAAGAGAAUCUGCCGCAUCGUCACCAAGGACUUCCCACAGUACUUCGCCGUAGUGUCUCGGAUCCGGCAGGAGACCAAUCAGAUGGGACCCGAGGGCGGGACUCUGUGCAGCCGGAGCGUCCCAUUGGUUCAGGCCUCCUUCCCUGAGGGUGCCUUAACCAAAAAGAUUAAAGUUGGACUGCAGGCCCAGCCGGUACCUGAUGACACCGUGAAGAAAAUUCUCGGUAACCGAGCAACCUUCAGCCCCAUUGUUACCGUGGAGCCCAGAAGAAGGAAGUUCCACAAGCCUAUCACCAUGACAAUCCCAGUGCCGCCUCUCUCAGGGGAGGGUCUCACUAACGGCUAUAAAGGAGACUCUACUCCCUGCCUCCGCCUUCUCUGUAGCAUCACAGGUGGUACGUCUCCAGCUCAGUGGGAAGACAUCACCGGCACAACUCCUCUCACCUUCGUCAAAGACUGCGUCUCCUUCACCACCAAUGUUUCUGCCAGGUUCUGGUUAGCAGACUGCCACCAGAUCCCAGAGACCGUGGGCUUGGCCACGCAGCUGUACAGGGAGCUGAUCUGUGUGCCCUACAUGGCCAAGUUCGUGGUGUUUGCCAAGAUGAACGAUCCGGUGGAGUCCAGGCUGAGGUGCUUCUGUAUGACAGACGAUAAGGUGGACAAGACCCUGGAGCAGCAGGAGAACUUUGAGGAGGUGGCGAGGAGCAAAGAUAUAGAGGUUCUGGAGGGCAGACCCAUUUAUGUGGAUUGCUACGGAAAUUUGGCUCCUCUGACCAAAGCCGGUCAGCAGUUAGUUCUUAACUUCUACGCCUUCAAGGAGAACCGCUUGCCCUUCUGCGUCAAGAUCAGAGACCCCAGCCAGGAGCACUGCGGUCGUCUCACUUUCCUUAAAGAGUGUAAGACCAUAAAGGGCUUCCCACAAACCGCCGUGUGCAACCUGAACAUCACACUUCCUGCAGUGAAAAAGGAAAUGGAAUCAGAUGCCGAGGAUGAGACUGAAAAGCCAGAGCGACGUCAUACCUUUGCAUCUCUAGCCUUACGUAAGCGCUACAGCUAUCUGGCCGAGCCUGCACUGAGCCCUCAGAGUCCCUGUGAGAGAACAGACCUCCGUAUGGCAAUAGUAGCCGACCACCUCGGACUCAGCUGGACUGAGCUGGCCAGGGAGAUGGAUUUCUCUGUGGAUGAGAUCAACUUCAUCAGAGUGGAGAACCCCAAUUCCCUGACAGCACAGAGUUUCAUGCUCCUUAAGAAAUGGGUUCACAGGGAUGGUAAAAACGCCACAACGGAUGCUUUAACUGCGGUGCUGACUAAGAUCAAUCGGUUGGAUAUUGUGACUUUGCUGGAAGGGCCCAUAUUUGACUACGGUAACAUUUCAGGCACACGCUGCUUUGCCGAUGAUAACGCAGUAUUCCCGGAUCAGUCCGAUGGAUACAACAAUAUAGAUCUGGAGCUGCAAUCCCCUGUAGAGCUGAACUACGAGCCCCCCACCCCACUGCGCUCAGAUGACUUCUUUAGCGAGGGCGGCCCCUUUUUAGACUCCCCUAGCAAGACCACCCUUACUAGGCCUAGCGACCUCUCUCUCACUCAGACCACCAGUACCUCCAGCAGCAACCCCAUUACUGUUGCUCCAGGCCCCGGCUCCUCUGCCAAGGAGCCCCCCAUUGUUGGGGCAGAAGAUACAACUUUGACCUCUAGAGAAAGAGGGAUGUCUGCAGAAGAUAAUACGGGGCUGGAUUCUUGUGAGUGGCCAGAUAAUGACAGAAGGGCAGUAGAGGGGCAAGGAAAGGAGACAGACGAGCAUGCCGAGGCCUUAGAGAAAGAAUUGAAGACAGGGCAGGAUGUUGUUUUGGAGAGUCAGGGAGAAGACCAAAAAGAGGAUAUCGCCCCAGAAACUGCUCAUGGAAAUGGAAGGCAGAAGGAGGAGGCAGCAGAAGAAGAAGGAGGAGGAGGAGAGGACGAGAUGACCCAGGAGAGGCUGCUGAGUCUGCUGGAGGAUAUAAAGCUGGAGGAAGGCUUGGAUGAGGAGGAGAUAACAGAGGAGAGGGUUAAUGCCAUCCUCGAGCAAGUACGGCAAGCAGAAAAAGACAUGUCUUCAGUUUCAGGCUGGAGAAGCGAGUCAUCCGGAGCAAUAAUAGAGUCCGCAAGCCCUGGCCAGAGCCCCAGCACCGACGAGGGGAGCCCCGACAGUCUAGCUGAUGUGCCGGCUCAGACCCACAAACAGAACGGAGGUCACACAGACGCAGCCAGGGAGGAGAAGGAAAAGGAAAAGGAGGCCAAGAGGAAGGGAUCUCAGGAGGACAGCAGCACAGCAGGACCAAGCAGAGGCCCGGAGGACAAGAAGAAGGAGGAGGGAGGUGAAAGGUCCCAGCACAAAGUCCAGGGAGAGGAGGCCAGAAACAUUCCUGGAGAGUCUGUGACAGAGGAGCAGUUUACAGAUGAAGACGGGAAUCUUGUCACCAGAAAAGUGAUCAGAAAGGUGGUUCGCCGUGUGUUCAACUCAGAGGAAAAGAGGGAAAGCGAAAGUGAACUUCUUACAGAAGAAGGUGGUGGUGGUGUUGUAGCGACAGGUGGAGCAGAUGUUGCUUCUUCAGCAGGAGGAGCAGCAGCAGGAGGAGGAACAGCAGGAGGAGGAGCCACGGGGGGAAAGAGCAAGAAGAGGGGGAAACGCUCCCGACAGGGCAACAAGGGCGAGAAAUCCGGAGGGGGGAAAACUGAGCCUGGAGACAGCGCCAGCAAGAAACAGGGAAAGAAGAGUCAGUCGUAACAGUGGAGCUCUCAACUAAACCUGGUCCACGGACGCCCACGUGCGUCUCCACACACACACCCUGGGAGGAAAAACGGACUGGAACCCACGAAACCCAAAAGGGGAGCCAAGCCUCGUCAAUGUCAAUCAGCCAAAAAAAAAAAGUGUCUGAAGCUUUCACUUUACAAAACGCAUGAUUUUCAGCGAGACAAACGCAAAAAAAAACAAGUUACUUUUAUUUGAUUUCGCAUGAGCAUGUCACCAAAACUCACUUAUCGUUGGAAAACAACACUGAAGGACACGCACGGACGUGAGCGGCGGGAACUUUCUCAUCUUUUGAUGUACGAACGAAAGACGGCACAAACAGAUAUAAAAAAAGGCUCACUGCUGACAGAUAAAGGAAGACUUGUGAAUCACUUUUUCUCAGACACUCGCCUUAUAUGGUCUAUUUUUUUCCUCCUGGACCCAAAGUAUUGGGGUGUACCAUGUGGUUCUUUUUUAAAAAAACAAAUGAAAUAUAAUAGUAAAUGGGUGAUUUUUUUGUUGUAUAUAAAUGACACUGUAUAAAAUCUACAAAAAAAAAAUGGAAAAAAAAAAAUCAGUAGCUUCACAGAUUGUUUAUGCACUGAUUUGAGUUGAUGAAGCUUUGCAGAGUCGGUGCAUUUGUAUUGAGAGGGUCGACACUGUUUGAGCAGCCUUGAGUGAGUGACCUGACUUCCUAAAACGAAUAAAAAACAACAAUAAAUAAUAAAGCUGUAUGUAAAUUGAGAAGCGAAUGGUACGGGGGUGGGGGAGGGAAAGAGAGAAAAAAAAAACUGCUUGAUUUUAACAAAAAGGAUUAUUUCUUUAAAAAGCCAAACUGCUACUCCGGCUCCGCUCUGUCUGUGGAUCUUUGUCUUCGGAGAUAUUUCGCUGCAUGUGACGUCACUUUAUUAUUUUAAAAGCUUUUUUCCUUUUUUUUUUUUUCCUCCUUUUUUUUGCCUCCUCCUCUUCCUCCUAAUUCAAAAAGCACUGUAAUACAAUUAGAGAGGGUUUGAUGGUACUUCUGUUUGUGUGAGCACUCAUAAUAACCCAAACAUCUGUCAUCUAUAACUGUUUUUAUUUGAUUUUUUUUUUUUUUUAUAUAAAACAUUUUAAAAAGAAAAACACACAUGGUGAGAUAGUAAAGCUUUAUUCUUAUGCUUCAGAAAGACUCAGACGCAGACUUGUGAGUGUGUAACAUCAAAUUAAAAAAAAAAAAACCCUGUCUCUGUGUAAACCCGUCAUCAUGAUAACUAAGAAGUAUAAGUUUACGCUUUUAAGGCCACUGUGGUUUUUAAACUGUUUUUAUUUGAAAUGAUUUGAUGACUUUUAUCUUUUAUUUAAUUGAUUGUAUUUACAAGUGAACAGAGAAUCUCAUUUUUAGCUUCAUUACCUGAAUUUAGUUCUUUUUACUAUAAUUAAUUAAAAAAUCACACAAAUGAACAGUAUUGAUCACACGCACUGGUAAUAAUAAAAAAAAUCAAAAUCAGAUUUUCUGUUCCUGUGUAAAUCUUUUUUCUUUUUUUUUUUUGGUCGUCUUUUUUCAUACAAAAACCACCCGUAAACAUCCAUUGUUGAUGAUGAAUCUGGUACCAACAUGUAUGACAAACCAACAUAGCCUACACUGGAUGAUCCAAGUAAUUAUUUAAGCAGAAAAAUAAAUUGUGUUUAAACUGAAA